UUGAUUGGAUGCCGAUCGAAUUACAAAAACUUAAUUGCGUUUAUAACACAAAAUGAAAUUUUAUUUAAUUGAAACUUUUUGUUUGAUAUUCCUUUACGGCUAUGUGAAGUGUUGCGUAACGCCCUUCGGAGGUUUAGGCACGAAAAUGAAAUAUUCUGAAUGCGAAAUUAUAACGAAACUGUUACUUAAAUAUCAGACGAAUUUGCCUCCAGUUGUGCAUCGAUUUAUUGAGGCCAGUUUCGUAACUCCCGAAGAUAUCGAAAAUCGUAUAGCUUGUUGCCCACAAAAACAGAUUGAUCCGGAUACGGUUUUUGAAAAUGUCGGGGGUGAGAUUCUUAAUACUUUGAGUGCCUUGUGUGGCGAUAAUACGCAUAAGAGAAUUUCUUUUGGUGCACAACCCACGUUUAUGGCCUAUCCAUGGGCUGCAUUGUUAAUGUACAAUGGUGGGCAGAAAUUUCAAUGUGGGGGUACGAUGAUAACGCAGCGCUAUGUGUUGACAGCAGCUCAUUGCAUUACAGAUGACUUAAUCGGUAUACGUUUACGUGAAUAUAAUAUAAGCUCACAAGAGGAUUGUGCCGUCGAUGAUGGUUACGUCAUACAUUGCAUGGCCGCACCAAUCGACUUGGGUAUCGAGAAGAUCAUAAAACAUGAAAAAUAUUCAAGACGCACUUUGGACAACGAUAUCGCUUUAAUACGCUUAAAUCGAUCCUUGGAGUAUGAGCGUUCGGUACGGCCUGUAUGCUUGCCCGAACGUCAGGAUGCCGAUUAUUUCAAGAAAUACGGUGUCAUCAGUGGUUGGGGUUUAACGGAGAAAGGAAAAAUAUCGGACGUUUUAUUACACGCUGAAGUACCUGUUCUGAGUUUGGAUUAUUGUCGGAAAAUCUAUCCUUAUACUCAUUUUAAUUCAACGAAAAUUUGUGCUUCCGGUACAGAUGAAAUUGAUACCUGUAAAGCAGACUCCGGCGGUCCACUUGUUACGCGUUUGGAAGGUUACCAUGUAGGGCGAAAAUUUCGUUAUUUACAAACGGGAGUUAUAUCAACAGGCGCGGCCAAAUGUGGGGAUAAGCGCUCCCUACCAGGAGUUUUUACCAACGUGGCUUCGUUCAUUAACUGGAUCGAAGAAAAGCUGGAACUAUAACAGAUGCUAUAAUGAAAUUAUGAAAAUCAAUAGAAACGGAAUCAUAUGUACUUGGGAAUGCUAUCUAAAAAAUCUGUAGAGAUAGCUUACGUAUACCUGUGACAUUUGGUACACUGACAUGCUUUGUUUCAUGGACGAACGCUCUUAGAAAUGAAUUGGGUCGGAUCACUUUGUCGACUAUUUCUCAUAUAAUAUCUUAUUUUGAAAAUUCAUUACGUUCUAUACGUUUCAACUACAGGAUGCUGUGCGACAUUUUACGGUGAGCCGUAAACCAUUAUUGUGUUCUUACUUGUUUCUUUUUUAAGAAAUAUGCUUUUUGUCGAAAUUUUAUUAGAACGACUGCACUAACCCUCUAAGUAUAUUUUUAAAUAGAUCCGAUAAUCUUCGUUAGGGAUGCUCAUCGCAGUUGAAAUCACGAAUUUAUUUCUUUGAGAUUACCUUAUUUUAAUUAACAAUGACAAUACUGAUACGGAUACCAA